CCCAGUGAAGCCUGAGUUCCUGAGGACGCCUGAGCUGUGCCCAGACAUUCAGAGAGAGAAUUGCUGUAUCCACCUAAGGUAAGUGUCAUUAGAGCGCCUUCCACACAAGAAGAAACAAGAAAUCACGGCUUCCACACGCCAGAUUUGAAAAUGAUUCCAAGGAGAGCCAGAGUGAGAAGGGGCAAUCUUCGCAAACCGAAGAUGAGGUUCCAUUUGCUGAACAAGUUCACACUGAUGUUCCUGCUUCUGAUCACCCCAACUCCAGUUCUUCAGGCUCCUUCCAACGACAGUGAGCCCACCCAUGAUCACCAGCCAUUUCUGUACUUGGUUGGACGCAAGAAGCUGCUGAACGCCCAGUACGGUUGCUAUGACAGGAUCCAGGAGUUGCCCCCUUAUGAUGGAGAAGGCCCAUAUUGCAACCGUACCUGGGAUGGAUGGCUGUGCUGGGAUGACACGCCAGCCGGAGUCACAGCCUAUCAGCACUGCCCAGACUACUUCCCGGACUUUGACACAGCAGAAAUGGUUUCAAAAUACUGUGAUGAAAAUGGAGAAUGGUUUAGACACCCUGACAGCAACCGAACCUGGUCCAACUAUACUCUGUGUAAUGCUUUCACUACUGAGAAACUGAACAAUGCAUAUGUCCUGUACUACCUGGCUCUUGUGGGGCACUCUCUGUCGAUUGCUGCUUUGGUUGCUUCCAUGGGGAUCUUCCUGUAUUUCAAGACCCUUAGGUGCCAAAGGGUGACGCUGCACAAGAAUAUGUUUGUUACUUACAUUCUGAACUCUAUCGUUAUCAUCAUCCACCUGGUUGAGGUCGUGCCCAAUGGCGAUCUGGUGCGACGGGAUCCGAUGCAUAUGUUUCAUCAUAAUACACAUAUGUGGACAAUGCAGUGGGAACUGUCACCACUCUUACCCCUGAGUGCAAACGAGGGAAAGAUGGACUCUAAUGACAGUCGAGUGAUAAGUUGCAAGAUUCUACACUUCAUCCACCAGUACAUGAUGGCUUGCAACUAUUUCUGGAUGCUCUGUGAGGGGAUCUAUCUUCACACCCUCAUCGUCAUGGCUGUGUUCGCUGAGGAUCAUCGCCUGUGCUGGUAUUACCUUCUUGGCUGGGGGUUCCCAAUUGUGCCAACCAUUAUCCAUGCUGUUACUCGUGUUCUCUACUACAAUGACAACUGCUGGCUGAGUGUGACCACCCACUUGCUUUACAUCAUCCAUGGACCUAUCAUGAUGGCUCUGGUGGUCAAUUUCUUCUUUCUGCUCAACAUCGUCCGAGUGCUUGUGAACAAGAUGAGGCAAACCCAUGAGCCAGAAACCUACAUGUACCUGAAGGCUGUGAAGGCUACCAUGGUCCUUGUGCCCCUGCUGGGUGCCCAGUUUGUCGUGUUUCCCUGGAGGCCUUCCCACAAGGUGCUUGGGAGGAUCUAUGAUUACGUCAUGCACACUCUGAUUCAUUUCCAGGGAUUCUUUGUUGCGACUAUCUACUGCUUCUGCAACCAUGAGGUGCAAGUUGCCCUGAAGCGCCAAUGGGCAAAGCUCAAGAUCCAGUGGAGCCAGCGCUGGGGAAGGCGCCGCCGCCGCCGCACAACCAACCGCAACCGUGUAGUUGCGGCUCCUCGCCAGGCAGCGUUUGUUGAGCAGCGUGAUCUCCCCAUUUACAUCUGCCAUCAGGAACCGAGGAACCCUCCCAUCAACAACAAUCAAGGCGAAGAGAGCACUGAAAUGAUCCCCAUGAACGUCAUCCAGCAAGAUCCAUCUGCCGUCCAGGAAGACACCUCUGCUUGAACGUGAAGCUACCCCAAGCAUUGUGAACCGCUGAGCCUUCAUUUCCUGGGGGAAAGAUAGACCAUGCAUUUCAAGUGAUCCCCACCCUCCCAGGAGCUGAGCAUUCAUUCGUGAAGAAUUAUUAAGUGAAUUUGUCCA